UAGACAUUGUUGACACAUUUCAAAAGCGAUUUUAACCUCAAAUUCGGUGUACUUAUUUUCAGUUCUUCGACGAUUUCAGUGCUCGUACACAAAUUUACCAUUUUUCUGUGACUUAAGUCGCGAAAAUAUUAUUUCAAAACAGAGUUAAAUGUAAAUAAGGAGAAUUAUGAACGUACAAAUGUUCAAUAGUCGACUUUUAACAGUGGGUCAACGAUUUUCCUGUUUAUUAUUGAGUCGAAACUAUGCAAAACCAGCGAAAAAGACCGCGGCCGCAGCGACUAAGACGAAAGUUGGCAAAGCGGGUCCCAUCGUUGACAAGAUUACAUUUCCAGCGGAAAAAGAUACAAACAAACUGGUGAACUAUGUGUGUGGCAGUAAUAUUUACACCGAAGGCGAAGACAUUAAGCUGAAACCUGAAUCCGAAUACCCUGACUGGCUGUGGGAAAUUCAUACUGGUCCACCGAAAAAAUUGGAAGAGCUCGAUCCAAACACGAAGGCAUAUUGGCGACGUGUUCGAAAAAUGACCUGCCGUCAAAAUAAUAGAUUAGAAACAACUAAGAGACGGCAUUUAUAUUAAUCAGAUUGCAUUUAAUUUAUGAACAGAAUAAUUAGAAUAAAUCGGGUCGACAAAUUUAAA